AUGGACGGUUUUGACUGGCUCAAACUCCCACAAUCUGCGUCUAGUACACAGAAGAUACGGCCAACAUCACCAGCCCCUCCAUCCGUCUCGUUUGGCGGUUUGGGUCCUUCCGAUUCUGCCUUAUCCUCGUCCCUUCGGCAUAACGCUCUGGCAGACAAUGUUUCAAUUCCAUCAGCCAAAACCACUAGAAUCCAUUCCUAUAGCGACACGGCGCUCGUAUCAGAUGACAAUCAGGCAUCUCAGGCACUUGCCGAUGAUACCGGCAUCCCCCUUUCCCUAACCACCCAAGACCUUACCCUUGCCGAGUCUCGAACUUACAUUCGAUGGUAUUCGGAUAUCUUGGCUAGAACCGAAACCAGAACCAUUCUGAUGGUCGACGUCUAUAAGUUUCUUCACAACUUCAAGCUCUCGGCCGAAUUGAAGGAUAAAUUAAACCGUCUUUUCUUUAAGAUUCUCAACUCCAUUAAUAUCGGUGAGUUCUUUGCCUUACUUCGACUUAUAUCCCACUGCUUGCAGGGGAAUCUGUUGCAUCGAGGGUUAAUCAGGGUGGCAGCACCGGUGCCGGCGCCUCCGUCCAUUUUGAGUAAGAAACGUCAAAGUGGAGAUGAUGAAGAAGACGAUGACACCCUCAACGAUUCUCAAGACCCCAGUGUUCCUGCCAAUCCAACUUCCAACCCGUUGGAUUUGGACAGCUUCACCCAGUUCAUGCUUACGGGCGAGCGGCCAGACGAUAAACCCAGCAAAAAGCGAAGCAAAAAGCUAAAAUCUGUCACAUUCUCUGAUCAAAUCGUCACGGAUGUCCACGAAUCGUUGGGCCCACCAGUCCCAUCACCUGCCCCGUCGCCGUCUCCACAGAACGAGAUUGACUACUCGCUUCCAAUGGAUCAAUUGCUCAACCGGAUCUCUUCCCAGCUGAAGAAUCCAGAUGCAGAAGAACAACAGAUUUUGGACGAUAUGGGGCUGCAGUUGAACCAUUUCCGGAACCUAAACAACGUCGAUACCGCUUCCAUUGGUGGAGUGCCAUCUUCAGCCCCAUUUGGCCAUCAACAGUACGAUUCCCAGCUUCUACGACCCAAUAUGACGGGUCCUGCUCAAAUGUCGCAGUACCUUCAGAAACAACAACAGGAACCACAACAGCUUCGACCUAAUGUCACCGGCCCGUACGAUAUGAUGAAGAUAUUUUCGCCAUCCCCAGAUGAGCUGCCACAGCAGUCUGUUGAACAGCCGGUUGCACAGGCACCUAGAGUAUCACUUCAAUUGUUCACAGACCAAAUGACUGGUUCCACCGCUGAAAACACACUUGCAAACUCUCGUCUUGAUGCCACCGCAUCGCCUAACCAAGACAGACCGUUACCUCCGCCUCCAGUACCAGCAGCUCGUCGGGCCCGGUCUUUAUCACUGCCCACUCCUAACGGACGCUCUGUACCACCACCUCCUCCACCAUCUAGACGAAGAGGUGUCUCAAGCACGGUCAGCUCACCGCCACCCCAGGCGUUCCAAGUACCACCCCAGGCGUACCAAGUGCCACCCCAGUCGGCGCCAGCUCUCCCACCCAAAGUAAUUCCAACUGAAGCCUUCUAUCCACCGCCGCAACAACAAGAACUUUCAGCCCAAUCCUCUGGAAGCACCACUAACAUUCUUGAUGACCUCAAGGAGCUUCAGGCUGAGGUCGAUCGUAUACGAGACAUGACUGGAGGGUUUUAG